GUCACAUAUUCAAAUAUCUUACGUAGUACCUUAAUAAAAUAAUAAUAACAAAGGUGAGAUCAGAGACGCAUGAGAGCAUCACAAAGAGGUGGUAGGAUAUAGGAGUCAAACUAUGUUUACAUAUUAGGUUAAGAUAGAGGAAGGUAAGGCUCUCGCAAAAAUGCAACAUUAUAUUGGCAUUGAAUUAGAUAGAUGUAGGGGGUGAUUAAAUUAGUAAUAAGAUAUAUGUAGGAAUUCAUUUGGAACUUCUUACUCAAAUUUCAUCUGGAAAUUUCAACUCAAAUUCCUCAAAAAUCAAAGAAAGAUCAUGUACAAGUACACCUUAUAAAGUGGAUAUUCUUGACUAAUUGAAGAUUAGAUGAUUGUGAAUAUGGUCUUCUAACUAGUGAUGAACUCGCAACAUUUAUUGAUCCUAAUCAGACACACAAUAUAUGUAACGAACUUCCUAUCAACGGAAACUUUGGAUAAUAGAUACUUAGAUAGUAAGAAUAAAUAAAUAUAUAAGUAGAAGGUCGACACCAUUGAAAAGUGACAAAUAAUUAAACAAUUACAAACAAUGAAAAGUAUCGUCCAUCGAGCAGGCACACAAUUAGUAUUAUGAAUUUAAAACCUUUUAUUUAGACUCAAAUGGAGCGAUGAGACAAUUACAUAGUUUUGGGGGCUGAAAUGACCAUUAGCAUAGACAGUAAAUACUCUGUUUAAUACAAGUGUUUAUGGACGUACAUAUUUUAUUUGUUUAAAGCUUUCCGUUUUCGUACUAUUGUCAAACCGUUUCAGUUUUCUCGUUCAUUUGAUGGCCUCUCAUACUACACACGUAUAAGAAUCAUAUUAUAUGUAUAUUGUACUUAAUGUAUUCUUACCGUAUUUUACUAACCACUUGACGGUCAGAUCAAUUGGUGCGCUUAAGUUUUGACUCGGUUCGUGGACGCGGUUGGUAGUUGGCACGACUUUUCAGUUUCACAAGAUGCAUUCAUCCCAGUCAAAAUCAUCACUACUCUAUAUAACAAUACUCCUUUAUGCAGUAAUUCCCAAUACAAGAGCAGGCUGCAAUCAGUCAGUCACCCAACAGAUCAAAAUGUCUCUCACCUUCGCCACAACUACUACGUCGACGGCGGCAGAGGCAAACCAGCAAGCCGUGGCAGCAGAUUCCGGCGAUGGGAUGUUCGACAGCUCCAGCUGCCCUCCGCCGAUUGUUGGACAGCUGCGUUCCGAGGAUGACCUGUUGCGUGGAAGUGAAUGUAAUGAUGCUUGUGCUUCCUCCAGCGUGAUAGGAGCGGGAGCCGGAAGUGGGGUUAGGAACAGCGCAGCUGGUUCCCUAGUUGCCGCCGGAGUUGGAGGGAGCAUGACCGUUGGGGAGGUUCCCGGUGAACCUGAAAUGUAAUUUCCUCUAUUUUGUUUUAUAGCUAGAUGUUAGCUAAGUAAUUCGAAUAUAAAAUUUUGAAGUUUAAUAUCACUUUAUCAAACUCUUAUUCGUAUAAUUUUCUCCAAUUGAUUUGAUUAUGUACGGAUGGGAGCAUAUGGUUUCUCGAAAUAGUUCCAAUUAGGAGUCCAUGACGCGCUUCUCCACUUACUCUCAAUGCGCCAGAAAUGAUGCUUACCGCUAAAAAGCAACUUGUACCAUAUUGGUUAACUACAAGGAAUUAAAUGGUUUUAUAAGACCAACUUAAUUAUAACAAUUUAAAUAAGUUAAGUGAGCCGCGUGGAUUGGAUUUUGGGUCCAUAACCCAUACCAUCAUACGUCAUGGUCGACGUACAUGACGUGGUAAGGGGGGUGACCAUCAUAUCUUCACCUCAUGACGUGGUGAGGGGGUGAUGACUGAAUUCACCAUGGGAUGAUAUCAUUAGCAUACCCCCAUGGUGUGGUCAGUGGGGUCGUAAACAUCUGCCCCCAUAAAGUGGUCGGAGGUGAUCAACAUACCACCCCCCCCCCCCCCCCCCCCCCCCCCCCCCCCCCCCCCCCCCCUCAAAGGGCCACUCAUUCAUGUCUUAGCUAUUUUUCUCUACAAACAAGCAAAGCUAUGAAGAAGAUACCAAGAGCAGAGAUGAAGUCUCAAGAGGAGGGCACCACCAUCGUCAGGGCAUCAGUGGAGCAGGUGAAGAGAGUAAUCGUCACUUCUCAUCAGCAGAGCGAUUUUUUUAAUACAGUUGCUUCUUGUGGCUAUAAAUAAGAGGUGAAGACGACAGAGGAGGGGGUCGCCAAAAUCACACCAGACGACAGAAGAUGGGUUCGCCAAAAUCACACCAGACAACACAAUGCCAACUUGUAUCCUUUUAUCUUUUUCUCUGCAAAUUUAGCCAUAGUUGUAGUUCUGGAGCUCUUACUAAACCUCCAUUAUGUAAUUUAGAUUUGUCUCGUAGAUCAUUAAGAACAUCAAAUAUCUUUGUUUGAACUUUGUUUAAAGAGGUGUGUAUCGUGUUUAAUUAAUCGUUUAUUUUGAAGUCAAAUGUAUAAUUCCAUUCUGUUUCAUCUAGUUUUUCUCCAUAGGAAAGCAACUAAUAAGUGAUAUAACAAAUAAUCUAGUAAAUCACAUAAUGAUCCGUUUGAAUGGUUCUUCUUUCUUUUUCCUAGAAGAGAAAUUCUUAUUCCCACUUGGCAAUGACUUACGUUGGAACCAAACGAAUACCCAAGUAUUUAUUUGUGCUACUUGCUUCUGUUUCUUUCCCUUGAAUACUUUACACGUUGUUCCGACCCUUUCUAAGCCAUAUGUUGUCAUAUAACUUCAAUCCAUAUCCCACAUCUGUUUAGAUCCAUUAUACAGGUCAUGCAUCUUGCUUAUUGAGAGACAAGGACACGAGGUAUUCUUCAUGUUUUGCUGCGGACGGAGUGACAUUAAUAUGACAUCAAUAUUAUAAUUGAGAGAACCUCUCAAAUGAAGUUGAUAACUACACUUUUCUUUAUAAUUCAUUAAUCGCGCCCUAAUUUAUGUUUUCAUGUCUUAGUUUCUGGAACAUAAAUUUUUAGUGGGUACAUUUUUAGCACCAUCUGCAUUUCAUAUUGAGAAUAAUUAAACUAUUUUUAAAUGAUUGAUAGUAAUUAUUGUCAAAAGUUUACUUAAGGGUUCUGGUGAAAGACGAAAGAGUACACAACCAUUUAAGAUAUAUGUCAUUUUAAACAUCCAUAAUUAGUUGGUUGAUAAAAGCUCCGAUAAGAAAGUCCCGUUGCAGAGCAGAAUUUCGAGAUGAUUAACCGUUUUAUGAUUAAAAACAUGAUAAUUGU